AUGUCCGCCCUCGUCAUAACCGGCGCCACAGGCAAACAGGGAGGCUCCGUGAUAAAGAGCCUCCUGGCCCAAAACGCCCCCUUUGACAUUCUCGCCGUCACACGGAGUGCGCAAUCCGCUGCUGCGCAAAGUCUGGCGCAGACGUCACCCAAGAUCCGUAUCGUGGAGGGCAACCUGGAUAACCCAGCAGCGCUAUUUGCAUCUGCGAAACGGCAGACGGCGAGCCCGAUUUGGGGCGUGUUUAGUGUGCAGGCCGCUCGUCCUGGAUCAGACCAGGAGCUUCAGCAGGGCAUCGCCCUAGUGAACGAAUCUAUUACCCAGGGCGUCAAGUUCUUCGUCUACAGCUCGGUCGACCGCGGGGGCGACAGGUCUAUCAACAACCCGACGACUAUCCCGCACUUCAUCUACAAGCACGAGAUUGAGAAACACCUGAUCGAGAAAGCAGCAGCAGCCGGGAUGGAGUGGACGAUUCUGCGACCAACCGCGUUUAUGGAGAACCUGAGUGCGGAUUUCUUUGGCAAGGUAUUUGCCACUGCGUGGUUGAUGGCGUUGAAGGGGAAGAGUCUGCAGCUUGUUGCGACGAGUGACAUUGGAUUCUUUGCUGCGAGGGCAUUCGUGAAUCCUGGCGAGUUCAGGGGGAGGUCUUUGUCGUUGGCUGGGGACGAGUUGACGUAUGACCAAAUGGCGACGACGUUCAAGCAGAAAGUGGGAAGGGGUGUCCCGACGACAUUCCGGUUUCCCGUUUGGUUGAUGAUGAGGGCCGUGAAGGAGUUGGGCGUGAUGUUCCAGUGGUUUCAUGAUGAGGGCUACGGGGCUGAUGUUGCUGCGUUGAGGAAGAUGAAUCCUGGUUUGAAGGAUUUCGGUCUGUGGCUGGAAACAGAGAGUGCGUUUAGGAGGGAAUAG